UGUUAAGUAGAAGCCGAUUAUGAACCUUCAUUCAUCACUCUCUUUUUUUUUUUUUCUUUUCUUUGGAUAGUUCAUUCAUCUCUCUAGUCCCACCAGACCUGAACUAAAGAUGGCAAAUCAACCAAAUCAACUCCGCCUGAGCGUCACCUUUCACCAGGCAAAUAACCUCUCCAACCCAAUCAAGUGGCCGGGCCGCCUCGUGAGUCCCUAUGUUAAGUAUUCCUUGGUGAAAAGCGAUGGGACUCGAACGCCAACUAAGACAACAAACCCACACAAACAGGGCAGCACCGAUCCUGUUUGGGGAUAUUCUGAGACGAUUGAUCUGCCAGAAGAUGCCUUGGUUCCAGGCGUGUAUAACUUUGUAGCAAAAAUCAAACACAAUUCUAGUAUAUACGGGUGCGACCGUAGGAUGGGCUUUAUGUCCAUUCCCCUGGCUGACAUGUGUGUGACCCGCAACCGAUUUCCUUACAUGGUGACCACAAAAAAAGGGAUCGCAUGUGGUACCCUGCUUCUCUCCCAUUCUGUAGCCGGUCAGCAGGCUGCCGCCGCUGCUGUUCUUGGGGAUGAGGAGGUUGUAGCUGCCACUACUGCAGUAGCAGCGCCGCCGCCUGGAGCCGUACCACUUGCUCCUGUCCAGGCACAACCACCACUUCCACCUCGCCCACAAGCCCCACCGAUUGUUAACCCGAACUUAGCAAAUGCGACGUAUGUUGCCUCAGUUCUGGAUCAUGGGGUCAACAUAGGAGCCAACGUCGCAGACAUGAUACUAUUCGAUUAAGCAGGUGAUGGGGCCGGUACAUGCAUGAUCAAAGAUAGAGCUAUAUAUAUAUACUGAGAUAACGGGGUGUGGUUGAGAAUAUGGUUUAUUAUGCUAUUAUUUUUCUUUUAUCUAUAGAUAUAUAUCAUUUGUGUUGAAUGAUAUAUAUUAUGACAUCUUUUAUGGAUUCAUUUAGUAUUUCUCUUGUUUCAUCAAUAUGUUAUAUGCUGAGAUAACGGGAUGUGGUUGAGAAUAUGGUUUAUUAUACUAUCUUUCUUUUAUCUAUUGUAAUAAGGAAUGACUUUUCCAGUGUC